CCAAGGCUACACUAAGAGAAGUAACCACAGCAACAACUACCAACUCUCCCUGAAGAUGUUGAGCCUGCAUGGAUUCCAGCCCUCCCUCACUCCUUUUGGGGACUUCUGCUGGCCCGUGCGCAGUCUCUGGCCACAGGUCCGACCCCUGGACAUCCACAGACAUCUCAUGCUGAGGAACAUGGAGGAGAUGAGGAGCAGUUUGGAGCUCCUUCAGAAUAUUCAGAAUCAUAUAUUCCAAGAAACCGACCAAAUCUCUGCCUCAGAGGAAAAUCAUUUACUUCAAUGUCAACUGGAGAAGAAAGGAGAUGGUUUCGCUCUGACGCUGGACACCAAAGACUUUUCUCCUGAAGAGCUGUCAGUCAAGCAGGUGGGCAACAAGCUACAAGUGAGCGGCAAGUCUGAGAAGAAACAGGAAGAUGGAAAAGGCUCCUACUCGUACAGGGUCAAGGCCUUCAGGAGGGAGAUUGAUCUGCCAGAGGGGGUGAAUCAUUUAUUCUGA